AUGGCACCGAGGGAAAGCAUCGUUAUCGUUGGAGCUGGCAUCAUUGGCCUCGAUGUCGCACUGGUCCUUGCUGAAAGAGGCUAUGGGAAGAACAUUACCGUGGUAGCCGAGCACCUCCCUGGUGACACGGCAGUCGACUACACGUCUCCAUGGGCGGGAUGCAACUUUUCGGCAAUCUCAGGCAGCGACGCCAACGCCCUGCGAUGGGACAAGCUCGGCUACUCACAUCUGUCGAAGCUGGCGUCCGAAAGGCCCGAGGAGACCUUUGUUCGCCGUACCGAGUCCAUUGAGCUUUGGGACGAAGAUGUCCCGCACCACAAGAUCAAGGAGAUGUCAGAAUAUCUCGAGGAUUUCCGUGUUCUGCCGCAGGAUGAGCUCCCGACCGGUGUCAAAUUCGCCAUUGGCUUCACGACACUCACCAUCAACGCCCCUCUUCACAUGCAGUUUCUGCAACAGAAGCUCACGAACCACUAUGGUGUUCAAUUUGUUCGCCAGAAGCUCCCUAGCAUCCAGGCGGCAUUCUCCAAUCCCGCCACCAAGAUCGUGUUCAACUGCACAGGCAACGCAGCCCGGGCAUUGGCCGGCGUCGAGGAUGCCAAAUGCUAUCCGACAAGAGGCCAGGUACUGCUGACCCGGGCGCCGCAUGUGCAGACGAACAUCAUGCGGCACGGCAAGGGUUAUGAGACGUAUGUGAUUCCGCGGCCCGAGUCAAACGGAAAUGUCGUCCUGGGCGGCUACAUGCAAAAGGGCGUCAAUGAUGGCUCCACGUACUCGUACGAGACCGAGUCCAUCAUGGACCGGACAGUGAAGUUGAGCCCCGAGCUUGGCAAGUCCGAGUACGAGAUCCUCGCCUCGUUCGCGGGUAUGAGACCAUCACGGGAGGGAGGCGCAAGGGUAGAGCGCGACGGAAUCGACGUCGCCGGCGAGAAGCGCAUUCUUGUACACAACUAUGGCGCCGGCGGCACUGGGUUCCAAGCUGGAUACGGCAUGGCGGUCGACGCAGUAAAAACCGUGGAGGACGUCCUCAGACAGCUGCGCGGCACAUCGCCGCGACCAAGGUUGUAA